CUUCGCAUCCAUUCCCCAACUCCUCCUUCUGCCACUGUUUCAAACAGCUGAUUUCAGAAAAGGAGAAGGCGAAAGGCAUAGCAGGACUGAGGGGAAAUACUGCGACAGCGAUGGAGAACACCGGCCGACACGCAUCCAUAACGCCUCUCUUGGCUGAUUAAAGCCGGACUGCUGCAGUGCUGCCUCUACCAGCGGAGUUGCUUUGAAGCGAAUUUGCUAAAAGCUAACUUUGCAAACAUCUGUAGCUUAGUUAGCUUGUAGGGAGCUAGUCCUUUCAGUCUUUCCUUGUUGGAACAGUUUGCUCCAAGUCUCGUGGAUUGUAGGUUUUAAACUCGCUGUCUCUCUACUGAUUUACCGAAGACCCGGGGCUUGCGAUGUUUUUUUCGGAAGAGGACCCGAUAAACAACAUAUAUAGGUCGCGUUGCAGUUUAAUUAGCCGGCUAACCUAGCUAGGUAACAGCUGGUGGGAGCCUAGGCUAGCUAAGUGCUGCUGCUAUUGACCGGGGUUCAUCAGUUUCCUCCUUCAGCGAAAUAUCAGGGAUUUCUUGUAGCUAAUCUGAAGCUGCAAAGUAAGUCGAAGUGUAAGACGUAGCUGGCUAGUCAGACAGCCCUGAUGCAGGAGAUAGGUCAACUAACCUACCGCUGACGACUGGUUUCGUUUCUUUCCUGCUGAGCUAGUUUGUUAGUUGUAGCUACUAAGACCGUAGCGAGCCAGCUAACGUUAGCUAGCAAACAAAGAUGAUCGGAGCGGAGUGAAUCGACUCCCAGACGUCUCAUUAUCUGCAAAAUAAGCCAAAUAAGUAUUCACCUGCACGCAUUUCAGUACGUAUUGAUCGUGCUAGUUUCAUGCAGUUAGUUAUUUGUACGAACUUUACAGUCGUUGCACGGUGGUGUGAUUAGCUGACUAGCUAGCUUAACUUGGCUAAACUGCUGUUCAGGGUUUGACCAAAUAACGUUAGAUGUCUGUAUAUCGUUAAGAUUAUUUUGUCUUUUUUGCUUCAGGAUACAAGCGGAAAACGCCGUCUGUAAUGAUUUAGUCCAAGUAAAAUCAUAGCUACCUCAUCAAGCCCAUUAGCUAGCUAAGUUAGGUUAAGCUAAUCGAGUUGUGUGUCCAGGACUCUGUUCCAGCAGGUUGGAUUUAUCCAUCAGCGUUUACGUAAAUCGGUUGCUUUUCAGUGCGAGCUUGAGCCUUAACGUGCGCGCAUCUUAAUCUUAUUUACUAAAAUACUUUUUACGUUUUAAUGGGAUUAAUAAGCAUAGCUGCACAUCGCCAAACCAAUUCGUCGGCUGGCUUGCUCUAAUAGAAUGGCAUUCCAUGGGUCCGCUCGGCCAACCGUGUGUGGUAACGUUAACUUGUUCCCUGGAUCGGAGUUAGGCCACAAGUAUUUCUGUGUGAACAGCACGACUGGCUCUACCUCCAGUGGCCUGAGCGCGACCCAGAACCCAGCUGGGCCGGAGCAGCCCGCAGGAACUCCUAGACACCCGGCAUCUCUCGGCGGAAGCACAGGCGGAGGAGCCGCGGUCCCGCAGCCUCACAGUAACCCGGCCAGUGAGGUACCGAGUCCGGCUGAAAUGGAGCCUGAUCGACCAAUCGGUUAUGGAGCCUUCGGCGUCGUGUGGUCAGUGACAGACCCUCGGGACGGGCGGAAGGUGGCCCUGAAGAAGAUGCCCAAUGUCUUCCAGAACUUAGUCUCCUGUAAGCGCGUCUUCAGGGAGCUGCGGAUGCUGUGCUUCUUCAAACACGACAACGUGUUAUCUGCUUUGGACAUUCUGCAGCCUCCACAGAUUGACUGCUUUGAGGAGAUAUAUGUGAUCACGGAGCUGAUGCAGAGUGACUUGCACAAAGUCAUAGUGUCCCCUCAGCCUCUCACCACUGACCACAUCAAAGUGUUCCUCUACCAGAUACUCAGGGGCUUGAAAUACCUGCACUCUGCUGGUAUUCUGCACAGAGACAUCAAACCAGGGAACCUGCUGGUCAACAGCAACUGCCUGCUCAAGAUUUGUGACUUUGGAUUGGCCCGAGUAGAAGAGCCUGACCCCACCCGUCACAUGACCCAGGAAGUGGUGACGCAGUACUACAGGGCCCCGGAGGUUCUGAUGGGUUCGCGGCACUACGGCCCAGCCAUAGACAUCUGGUCCGUGGGCUGCAUCUUCGCUGAGCUGCUGGGCCGUCGCAUCCUCUUCCAGGCUCAGAGCCCUAUCCAACAGUUGGAUCUUAUAACUGAUCUAUUGGGCACUCCUCCACUGUCUGCCAUGGCAUCUGCAUGCGAGGGCGCUCGAGCACACAUUCUAAGAGGACCUCACAAACCGCCCUCACUCUCUGUUCUGUAUAUGCUGUCAGACGCGGCUACCCAUGAGGCUGUUCAUCUUCUGUGCCGCAUGCUGGUCUUUGAUCCAGCUAAGCGGAUCUCGGGCAGUGACGCUCUCUCUCACCCGUACCUGGAUGAGGGCCGUUUGAGAUACCACACCUGCAUGUGUCAGUGUUGUUACUCGGUUCCCAGCGGCAGGGUUUACACCCGAGACUUUGAACCACCCGCCGAGCGGCCGUUCAGCCACAGCUACGAGGAGAGCAUGCUCUCUGUCUGGCAGGGCAAAGAGCUUAUCCAUCGUUUCAUCACAGAGCACCAGCAGGGCAAACGAGUGCCCUUGUGCAUUAACCCCCAGAGUGCGGCCUUCAAAACCUUCAUUAGAUCCACUGCUUGGCAUUCCUCAAAAGUAUCCCGUAAAGAAGAGAGAUGAAAUGAAGAAUCUGAUUAAAAUAGAAGGAGUAGUUCACCAUAGGAACAUGUGCUUGAGUUGACUGAUGGGUUGCAUUUGGUUGUGGCUGGAUGAUAUGGGUCUGAAAGACUAGGCUUCAACACAGGAACAUCCUAACAUCAUCCAAAAAGGAAAAAAAAACUAAAAAACAACUCAAAGAAAAGAACUACAGUACCCGG